AUGCAGCGCGCGUACUGGUGUCAUCCUCGCUUGUGAAGCGCUUGUUUUGGUUCUGCGGACUGUGACUCCCCGCCUGUCACCCUCACCGGGCUUAUAGCUGAACUGACGCGGCUGUAGAGCGUCCUCUGUCCCCGGGAACCACUGCCGCAUCGACGGCUUCACCUCCCCUGGUUUGCCGGUGAGUGUAUCGCCAUGUUAUCGUCCGUCCCCACCAGGCUCAUCAUUCGAAGGUCGCGCAGCUUGUCACCGUGCAGCCGCGUGCUCCAGACCAGCGCGAGCGGCGGCGCGUGUCAGGGCGUCCGCGAGACACCGGCGGAGUCGAACCGGAACCCGAUCGUCUCCACGUCGCGCGUGUCCAGAAGGGGGAUUUUAACCGAGGACCCCGCCGCGACCAGCGUCAACCCCACGGUGCAGUACCACCACCUCGCCCCUAGGUGGCUGUCCAGCCUGGAGAACCGCCGCAGCUCCUGGGCGGACCUGGCCAGCAGGGGGCGAAACAACAGCCGCUACUGGGAGGAGAGCGGCGGAGGUCAGGGCCGGGGCUCAGGGGGAGGAAGCGGCCGGACAGGAGCGGCCUCUGUCGGCGUGCUCUCUGCUGCAGCCGUGGCCUUCUGCCUGAAGAAAGACUCUGAUGACAAAGGUGAUACUCUUUUGGAGGCAGCGAGGACCAAUCAAUCUGAAGAAGUGACCAGGCUGUUAAAGGAAGGCGUUGACCCAAAUUGCCGCCACCGUCUCGGUUGGACCGCUCUCAUGGUGGCAGCCAUGAACCGACAGCAUGGUGUGGUGAAGGUUCUGCUCGAAGCUGGUGCUGACCCAAACGCAGGAGAUCACUUCAACAACGUCUACGACACCUCGCGGGAGAAAGGCAUCCACUCCCUGGAAGUUCUGGUGUCCAGAGAGGACGAGUUCAGCAGCAGGCUCAGCAGCAGGGCUGGUUUCCGUGGCUGCACGGCGCUGCACUACGCCACACUGGCUGACGACCCACACACCGUCCGCAUGCUGCUGGAGGCUGGUGCCAACCCCCUGCAAACCAAUGGUUUGGAACACACUGCAAGGGCCUAUGCUAAGGAGGGAGACGUGGGUGCAGUGCUGCUGGAGUGGGAGGGAAAAUUCCAGGAGGCACAGGCUCGACGGGAGGCAGAGGAGAGGAGGAGGUUCCCCCUGGAGAGGAGGCUGAAGGAGUACAUCAUCGGACAGGAGGGGGCCAUCAAUAUUGUGGCCUCAGCCAUUAGGAGGAAGGAGAAUGGUUGGUACGACGAAGAGCAUCCCCUCGUGUUCCUCUUCCUGGGUUCAUCAGGAAUCGGUAAGACGGAGUUGGCCAAACAGGUGGCCCGCUACAUGCACAAGGACAUUAAAAAGGGUUUCAUCCGUAUGGACAUGUCCGAGUUCCAGGAAAAACAUGAGGUGGCAAAGUUCAUCGGCUCUCCGCCGGGGUACGUGGGACAUGAGGAGGGAGGUCAGCUGACCAAGCUGCUGAAGGCCUGUCCCAACGCCGUGGUCCUGUUUGACGAGGUGGACAAGGCUCAUCCUGACGUUCUCACUAUCAUGCUGCAGCUCUUUGACGAGGGUCGCCUCACAGACGGUAAGGGGAAGACCAUCGAAUGUAAAGACGCCCUCUUCAUCAUGACGUCUAACGUUGCGAGCGAUGAAAUUGCCGAGCAUGCACUGCAACUCCGUCACGAGGCCGAGGAGGUCACCCGCAGAAAGCUGGCUGACAAGCUUGAGGAUGUACAGAAAAUUGAUGACAUCAAAAUCUCCCGACAGUUUAAAGAGUCUAUGAUUCGGCCAAUACUGAAGGCUCAUUUCCGGAGGGACGAGUUUCUCGGUCGGAUCAAUGAAAUUGUAUACUUCCUGCCAUUCUGUCACUCAGAGCUGCUGCAGCUGGUCGGCAAGGAGCUCAGCUUCUGGGCCAAGAAGGCCAAGCAGCGCCAUGACAUCACUCUGCAGUGGGAUCGCCCGGUACUGGACCUGUUAGCGGGCGGGUACAAUAUGCAUUAUGGAGCACGCUCCAUCAAGCAUGAGGUUGAGCGGCGGGUCGUCAACCAGUUAGCCGCGGCGUACGAGCAGGAGCUGCUGCCAAAGGGCUGCACGCUGCGUCUGUCCGUCCAAUCAGACGGCGAGGAGGAGCAGAGCUCGCAGAGUCUGCGGCUCGAGGUGGUGGGAGCGGACAGCUCGUCCAGGACGCUGGACAUCCGUCCCCCGCUCAGCCCCGAACACUGACAAAGAGCUCACAUCACACAGGAUCUCCACAGCUAUGUAUCCACACAUGUACACCUACCACACAUAUCAUCGUCCUCUACACGGUGCUGUGUCAGGAUGGAAGAUUCAUGAUGGAUGUUACCAAUAAAAUAACCUCUGAUAAAUA